AUGUUUGGCGCAGUUGCUAGAAGGCGAGCCCUCUUUACUGCUCCCACAACGCUUCAGAGAGGACUAGCUGCCAGCAACAUCAGAAUGGCUCCCCAGCAGCGGAAGAACAGUGGCCUCCCGGCAAGCUACAAGGAGGACCACUCCAAAGGUGCCAUGCUUAGAUAUGAGGACUCCCUCCCCCGCUUACCCGUCCCAACCCUCGAGGAGACCUCCAAGCGAUACCUCAAGUCGGUGCACGCCCUGCUAUCGGCGGCCGAGUACGAGAACACAAAGAUGGCCGUUGAAGCUUUUGUGAAGCCCGGCGCAGUUGGACACAAACUACAAGACCGACUUGUGAGCCGUGCAAACGAUCCAAAGCACAAGAAUUGGCUUUCGGAGUGGUGGAACAACGCUGCUUAUCUGGGCUACCGCGACCCCGUCGUCCCCUACGUGUCAUACUUUUACAGUCACCGUGACGACCGAAAACGUAGAGAUCCAGCCAAGCGUGCUGCUGCGAUCACCUUCGCUUCGCUGGAAUUCCAGAAACAGGUUGACGAGGGCUCGCUCGAGCCUGAGUACAUGAAAAAACUGCCCAUGGCAAUGAGCUCUUACCACUGGAUGUUCAACGCCUGUCGCAUACCCGCAAAGCCUGCCGAUUACCCCAUCAAGUAUUCUUACCAAGACCACCAAUAUGUGCUCGUCAUCCGCAAGAACGCUUUCUUCAAGGUCCCGACCCACCACAACGGCAGGCAGCUUAGCGCCAAAGAGCUCGAACAUCAAUUCCAGCGGGUCUACGAAAUGGCGGAAAGGGCACCAGCAAUCGGUGUGAUGACCACGGAGAACCGCGAUGUCUGGACCGACAUGCGUGCGCGUUUGCUCUCGUCCGACCCUGGUAACAAGGCAACCCUUGAAGCCAUCGAGGCGGCAUCGUUCGUCAUCUGUCUCGACGAUGCGAAACCCGUCACUCUUCACGAACGCUCGCGCCAAUACUGGCACGGCGAUGGCUCCAACCGGUGGUUCGACAAGCYAAUUCAGUUCAUCAUCAACGACAACGGUACCUCUGGCUUCACCGGUGAGCACUCGAUGAUGGACGGAACGCCCACGCACCGCUUGAAUGACACCAUCAUGCACUGGAUCUUCAACGACAAGCUCGACUUUGAGAACGUUACCCUUCGCUCCGACAUUCCCGACCCCCAGCCUCUUCGCUUCAAGCUGAGCGGAGAAAACUACUCGGACGUGGCAAAGGCGACUUCAGACCACGCUGGCCUGAUAGGCCAGCACGAGCUGCGAGUCGAGGCAUUUCAGGGAUAUGGCAAGGGUCUGAUGAAGAAGUUCAAGUGCUCGCCGGAUGCCUAUGUGCAGAUGGUCAUCCAGCUCGCCUACCACAAAUUCUACGGUAAGAACAGGCCUACAUAUGAAAGUGCCGCUACACGUCGUUUCCAGGAAGGUCGCACCGAGACUUGCCGUACUGUGAGCGAUGAAAGCGUGGCUUUCUGCAACGCCAUGGCGAACCCCAAUGCGACCGCGGAGGAUUGCCGAAACCUCUUCCGAAAGGCACUGGCAGCCCACGGAGAGUACAUCUCUGCUGCUAGCGACGGCAAGGGCGUGGACAGACAUCUGUUCGGAUUGAAGAAGCUUCUGCAAGAGGGAGAGCCCGUACCGGAGAUCUUCAACGAUCCUGCGUACACAUACUCCAGCAGCUGGUACAUUUCCAGCAGUCAAUUGAGCUCCGAGUACUACAACGGGUACGGAUGGAGUCAGGUUAUUGAUGAUGGUUGGGGUAUCGCAUACAUGAUCAACGAGGAGAGCGUGCAGUUCAAUGUUGUGAGCAAGGGCUUGGGAUCCGAGCGCAUGGCUUUCUUCCUCAACCAAGCGGCUCUGGACAUCAAGGAGAUUAUGAGCGCUGAGUUGAAGGCUAAACUUUAG